AUGGAGACCCUGGAGGAGACAGAGCACUGCUUUCCAUUACUCCUCAACAGCUCCUGCAGAAGACCGACGCCAUCCCAGUCCGAUGCCUUGCUCUCCUACACUAUCCUGUCCUUCAUCUCACUGCUCACUGUGUUUCUUAACCUACUGGUCAUCAUCUCUAUCUCCCACUUCAGGCAGCUUCACAGCCCCACCAACCUCCUCCUCCUCUCCCUGGCUGUCUCAGACUUCCUUGUAGGUCUCCUGCUGAUGCCGGUUGAGAUCUUGUUAACAGAAGCCUGCUGGUUCUUGGGCAACUUAAUGUGUGCUUUGUAUUAUAUUGUAGAUUUUAUCAUUACAUCCUCUUCAGUUGGAAAUAUGGUGCUUAUAUCAAUUGAUCGUUAUUUAGCUAUUUGUGACCCACUCCACUACACAACCAGAGUCACUGUGGACAGAACAAAACUCUGUGUGACUCUGUGUUGGAUCUGUUCUGUUAUUUACAACAGCUUGAUUUUAAAGGACUUUCUGAGACAACCUGACGGACAUAACUCCUGUUAUGGAGAGUGCGUAGUGAUUCUGAACCACAUAACUGGAACAGUCGAUUUAGUUUUUACCUUUAUCAGCCCCAUUACUGUUAUUAUAGUUUUGUACGUCAGAGUAUUCAUGGCGGCUGUGUCUCAGGCCCGUUCCAUGCAGUCCCACAUUACAUCUGUUACACUGCAGCGUUCAGUGACUGUGAAAGCUAAAAAAUCGGAAAUGAAAGCAGCUAGGACUCUUGGUGUUGUAGUGCUUGUGUUUUUAGUUUGUUUCUGUCCAUAUUACUCUCCUUCACUCAUAGGUCAGGAUAUUGAAGACAGUAGUUCGUCCUCACCUGUUGUUGUCUGGCUCUUGUAUUUUAACUCCUGCCUAAACCCUGUCAUCUAUGCCUUUUUCUACCCAUGGUUUAGAAAAUCCAUGAAAUACAUUGUUACUCUUAAGAUACUGCAGCCUGAUUCACAUGAUGCUAAAAUACUGUAG